GCUGCACGUGUCCGCCCGUCCGACGUCCCCGCCAACGGCCAUCGGCACUUGGCUCGGCACACUGCAUUUUGGAACCAACGGGGGGGGGGGGUUUGCCUAGAUUGGGGACUAGGUAUCCUUCUAGGCCUACCACAGACCGGGAUAUGCAAGCUAUUAUACGUCUCCCUUUCUCUCUGUCCCAUUCUCACCGAAUUUCCUUUUUUUUGUUGCAUUUUGCAAAAUGGGACGGUGCUAAGCUUAUGGGAAAACUUCGGGAAACUGCUGUGUAUAUACAGAAAAAUGAACAGAUGUGGGGGGCGGGCCGGUGGAGAAAGCAAAUUCAGAGGAGCAAGCGAGACUAUGUAUAUCUUCUGGUCAGGAGAUGUCAUGCGUCAAGAUGAGAUAAUGACUUGGAUGUUCCUCUUCUUCUUCUUCUUCUUCUUUUUUUUCGAGUCGAAAACUGGGCAAUGA